GAACCCGGAUGCAUGCUUCGCCCCGGCCAUUGGCCCCUUCCUUCUUUUUUCUUUGUUUUUGGUCUCUCUCUCCCUUUCUUUACGCACCACACCGCUUUUUUAUAACUCCCCUUCCCCACGCCCUUCUCCCUUUAUAACCUCUCCACUUUCCUCUCCUUCUCCUUCCCAGAACCAGCCCACUACCGUCUCUCUAAACCCAUCAAAGAAAAAGAGUAAGCGAAAAACCGGAACAAAGGCUUCAAAGCACUGAGAUCUCGCAAUCUGAAUCCAACGUAAUCCAUGGACUGUUCUUCCUUUUCUUCUUCGUCCUCUUCUUCUUCCUCGUCCUCUGAUCUUGAAGCGGGGUCCUCUGAGGGCGCUCCUUACGUCCUCUGUCCCUCCUAUUCCGAUAAUACUCAUAACAGCAGGAAGGGAAGUUACAAGGCCAUGUUGGGAUCCCCGAGAUCGAGGUUCUUCUGCGACCCACUCUCCGACGACGGGCCGCGCCACUUCCUCGACUCAUGCUUUCUCUGCCAGAAGCCUCUCACCGGCAACCGCGACAUCUUUAUGUACAGAGGAGACACACCGUUCUGUAGCGAGGAGUGCAGGCAAGAGCAGAUCGAGAUGGACGAGGCCAAGGAGAAGAACCGGAAGCUUUCCUUGAAGGCUUCUACGAGUAAGGAGAAGAAGGCACAGAAGCAGAAGUCCAACGCCACCAGCCCUCCCAAGGCCCAGAACAUCCACGUCCGGGCUGCUGGCACCGUUGUGGCCGGCUAAAACUCUUCACACAACCCAGAGAUCAAAACCAUAUAUAUAUAUAUAUAUAUAUAUAUAUAUAUAUAUAUAUAUAUAUAUGCAUACAAGAAGGAAGUGAUGAAAAAGAAGGGGAGAAGAUUACCAGAAGAGCACAAGACAUCACUUUUGGUCCUACACUACUGAUGAAAAGUAGGAACUUUUUUUUUUUGAUGUAUUGGAGCUAGGAAGAGGAAGAGCAGCUAUGCGGUUGCGUUAUAUGCUUCUUUUUUUUUUUACUUUUUAGAUGUAAAUUUUGGGUACGAGGGAAGGGCUUUUUCUGAGGCUUCUAUCAGGCUGUUUUCUUUCUCGACUUCACUGGUAGUGUCGUCCUGGCUUCCGGUGGAUUGGCCGAGGGCGAGAUCUCCAUA